AUGGAUGAGAUGACGAACAAGACGACCAAAAACCCGUUUUUUAACUUCUUAAAGCAUUUUCGAGCCCGGCGGCAAAAUCGUAACAAAUCCGCAUGCGAAAGCGCAGUUGAUGGCGCUCGUGUCUGGAACAGGAUGAGCAAAAGGCAACGAGAGCCUUUCGUCGAAAUGGCAGCACCGUUGCGUGAUACGAGACCAUCAAGAGGACGAACAGUUUCGAGGGCCCGUGUAGCAGCACCGCGGACGAGCCAAAAUCGAGCAACAAAAUCAACAGUGCGAACUGGACGUUCCAUGAGCCGAAAUCCGACCAGAGUUAAGAGAUCUCGACCCUUCGCUCGACAAGAUUCGUACGGUGAAACGACGAGAAAACAGCACGCCGCGAAGAAAGCUCGUGUACCACCGAAAGGCUCGAAAAGCAGUCCGGGUAAGAAAGGCGGUAGUAAAAGCGCCAAAGGAGCGAAAUCGCCCGGCACGACGAAAAAAGGCACAACACCGAAAGGUGGUAAAAAGAAAAGUCUAACGUCGAAGAAGCCUCCCGGAGGGAGCCCUACAGGUACCAAAGGUGGAGCAUCGAAAGCAGCAACGAGCCCUGGCAGUCCGAGUACCCAAGGGUAUCCGCCUGGUACUCAAGGGUAUCCACCUGGUUCUCAAGGGUACGCGCCGGGUACUCAAGGAUAUCCGCCGAGUCCGUACGGCUACACGAGUCCAGCCGGACCACCGAGCGGUCAAACACGAGGUGGUUACGGAGGACGAACCUCACAACCGGUGCAGAUGGGUUAUCCGCCUCAACAGCAAGGAUUCCAGCCCUGUCUUCCAACCUGUCCGCCGACUUGUCCACCAACUUGUCCUUCGACGUGUCCGCCAUCGACGUGCCCGCCAUCGACGUGCCCGCCAUCCACAUGCCCACCAUCGACAUGUCCAACAACCACGUGUCCGUCUGCAUCUUGUAUUCCAACUUGUCCACCGACUUGCCCGCCAACUUGUCCACCGACGUGUCCUCCGACUUGCCGACGAACAAAUGUUUGUUAUCCGCCGAUGAAUCAGCGAAUCUCACCGAUGCGUAGCAAAGCUCCGGCGCUAGCGCCCGAAAUCAUGGCUCAUGAGACUUCACCGAUCGGCGCCAAACGAGCUGGCAAUUGCCUAUGUCCGCCGUCUCCGACACCUUCGCAGCAAUGCGAACAAUGCCGAUCUUGCAGACAACCGGGUGAUAUACCGCCUCCCAUCGUGUACGAUUAUGACGGAGAUAUAACGGUGAGUCGUGUCCCAGAUGCUACUCCUCAGCUCGGUGUUUCUCGCAAAUCACGAAAACGUCCUCGUACCAAAGAAUCACGUCGACAGCCACGUUCCAAAAAACAACAAGGCGGAUACAAACCGUACGAUUCUGAAGCAUCGGGCGGUUCUUAA